AUGCAGAUACCAAUUUUCCUCCUCUCUAUUGUUUUGUUCACAGAGGCCUCAGUGGCAGGCCCACUGAGGCUCGGAGAGAGAUCGAGACGGAAUGUUGGCGCGCUCAAGAGAUUUACAAACUCGAGCACUGUUGCUACCUCCUCGAUGGCGUCGUCGACGCUCUCUUCAACUGCCGAUCUCUCCUCGACGAUAGCAGUCACCUCUCGAUCAACAUCGAUUUCUCGAUCUUUCACACUGAUCGAAACUAGCAGCGCACCCGCUAACACCAACACCAUCCCCACGUUCAACAUAUUUCCUUCGUCAACUGUGCCCCUUGGCUCCGUUGCCGCCCCAAGCACUACCGCAUCAAGCUCGAAAGCUGCCUCGGCGGCUUCAUCAAGCACCUCUGACCGUCCGACACCCCUGCCUUUCUUGACAACUUCCAGCUCAGCGUCUGUGCCCAUUACCAGUGCCACGGCGACUGCGUCCAGCAGUAGAAAGUUAUCAUCUUCCGCUUUGGUUGCGUCUGGCGCAGCUGCUUCCAGCUCAGCCGCUGCCAGCACUACCGCUGCCAGCACUACCGCUGCCAGCACUACCAAUUCUGCCUCUUCGGCGGUAAAGGCAUCUUCUGUGCCCCACGCUGUUUCGGCGACAGGUACAGCCAACACUGCUGUGCCUACCGCGAUCACUUCCGUCCCCGCAUCAACAGCCACUGUCGGUCCCGAUGUUCUCACCAGCAACCUUGCUAGCGCCAAGAGCUACAAUGACAUCUUCUCCGGCCUGACGGACCAGUCUGGCUGCGUGGCCGGGCAGGUCGCCUGCAUCAGCGGCAGCAUUGGCCGAUGUUCCAGUGCUGGUACCUUCGACAUUUUCUCCUGUGACGCCCGCUUGUCAUGUUACGCUCUGCCCAUGAACACCACCGUGGGUGUCGCCGUCGACUGCGUCGACCCUGCCACGGCUAAGAAGCUCCUUGGUGGCUCGGCUCCUCCGGCAUCAACCUCAGCUCCUGUGACGUCGAGCUCAGCUCUUAUUAGCUCCGCCCCUGCUACCACGCCCGUGGCAACUGCGAUCACGAUCACGAUCACGCCGCCUGCUGUGACGCAGUCAAGCCAGAUUGUUGUCACUGCUAGCUCGUCGGUUGCGCCCCCGCCACCGGAGACCGCCUCAGUUCCGGCUGAGACGUCAAGCAGUGCUGCCCCUGUUGAGACAUCAAGCACCGACGUCCCUUCUUACUUCUCAACUAUCGUCCCGACUGAAUCUUCGACUGCUACCUCCGCCGCUGAGACCACCAGCACCGCACCGAGCUCGACCGCCACGACCCUUGUCACCAUGACAAGUUCCGUAGCCACCUCGUCCACCGAAGCUGCGCAGCCGCCUCCCACCACCUCGGCGCCCACGGUGCUUCCGACCCCCACCGGCUUGGUGGUCAUCCCGGUCACCACGACGGCGACUUAA